CAAACGGCGCAAGUAAGCACGCGUAGCGACAAAGACCCUGCGAGCCCGAAAACCUAUGGGGAAGGAAUUAAAAAAAAGGAAAAAAAAAAAAAAGGACGAGACACUCGCUACCGUCGCUCCUCUACCCGCUUUUACACCGAUAUUUUUCGCCCGACGUUUAACGUCGACGGAUCCGCUUGAAGAGCGCGGGAACUGGCGGAAUUCUUUUUAGGCGAGAGCGACGCGAGGGAGCCGCCAUGGCAGCCGGAUCACUGAGCCUUCACAUCGGGAUAUGAAGAGGAAUCCACAAGAAAACCACAUAUAAAUACAUAUACCAACAUCUGAACUCAUCCGGCUUCAUCUUUCUGGGAUUAAAAUAGCAGAAAAAAAGGAAAAAUCAUUAUAAUAGCGUUUUAACUGAGAGGGGGUCAAAGGGAGAGGCCAGAUUCAUGACUAUUUUAGUCGGAGACGUGUCUUCUUCUUCUUCUUCUUCUGAGGCCCGCUGAGAGAAAACCUGGGAUCCAAAAAGAGCAAAAAAAACAAGGAUAUGUUGCUCUGAAAAGAGGGUUUAUUAGGAGAUACGAGGUGUGAGUGAUUUGUAAGGAUAAAACAAAAAAAAGGAAGGAGGAGGGGGGGGUAAAAUUUCCGUCUACCACCCCUCACCUGCGAAUCCGAGUGAUUUAAUUUACUGUCAUUCAUCCCCCCCUUUUUUGUGGAUGAGAAGGGUCGCAGGGAUCGAUAUAGCCGUUUAGUUUAGCAAGUCACAGUGUUGAGUUCGAGAGUCACACACACACAGGGAUCUAUCUGGAUCAUGUCGGGUCGGCCCAGGACCACAUCCUUCGCAGAGAGCUGCAAGCCAGUGCCGCAGCCCUCCGCUUUUGGCAGCAUGAAAGUCAGCAGAGAUAAAGAUGGCAGCAAGGUAACGACAGUCGUGGCCACGCCCGGCCAGGGCCCCGACCGGCCACAGGAGGUCAGCUACACGGACACUAAGGUCAUCGGCAACGGCUCCUUCGGCGUCGUCUACCAAGCCAAACUCUGCGACUCUGGAGAACUAGUGGCCAUCAAGAAGGUCUUGCAAGACAAGAGAUUUAAGAACCGUGAGCUGCAAAUCAUGAGGAAGUUGGACCACUGCAACAUCGUCCGCCUGCGCUACUUCUUCUACUCCAGCGGAGACAAGAAAGAUGAAGUGUAUUUGAAUCUGGUUCUGGACUACGUUCCUGAGACCGUCUACAGAGUGGCCAGACACUACAGCCGAGCCAAACAGACGCUGCCCAUGGUUUAUGUCAAGUUGUACAUGUACCAGCUGUUUCGGAGCCUCGCCUACAUCCACUCGUUUGGGAUCUGCCAUCGGGACAUCAAACCCCAGAAUCUGCUGCUCGACCCGGAGACGGCUGUGCUCAAACUCUGCGACUUCGGCAGCGCCAAGCAGCUGGUCCGUGGAGAGCCUAAUGUGUCCUACAUCUGCUCCCGCUACUAUCGAGCCCCCGAGCUCAUCUUUGGUGCCACCGACUACACCUCCAGCAUAGAUGUGUGGUCAGCUGGCUGCGUACUGGCAGAGCUGUUGCUAGGACAACCCAUCUUCCCCGGCGACAGUGGCGUGGAUCAGCUGGUUGAAAUUAUCAAGGUACUCGGCACCCCGACCCGGGAGCAGAUCCGCGAGAUGAACCCCAACUACACCGAGUUCAAGUUCCCCCAGAUCAAGGCACACCCUUGGACUAAGGUGAGUCAACAGGUCUUCCGGCCUCGCACGCCUCCGGAGGCCAUCGCCUUGUGCUCUCGCCUGCUGGAGUACACGCCCACGGCCCGCCUCACCCCUCUAGAAGCCUGCGCGCACUCUUUCUUCGACGAGCUGCGCGACCCCAACGUCAAACUGCCCAACGGCAGGGAGAAGCCCUCGCUCUUCAACUUCACCACCCAGGAGCUGUCUAGUAAUCCCUCUUUGGCCUCCAUACUUAUCCCCGCCCACGCCCGCAGCCAGGCGGCCGCCUCCACCCCAAUCAACGCAUCUGCCACCACAGACGGCAGCAACACAGAGAGAGGUCCCAGCACCACCACCGCCUCGGCCUCGGCCUCCAACUCCACCUCCUGAGCCCCAACAGGCCGCCUGCCCCGCUUUCCGGUCUCGGCCCCAGCCCUCAGCCUCUCCACUGCUCCGGCCAGGGGGGGCGAGCUCCCGCUCCCCUCCUCCCCGGGAGGGGCGGCCCGGGUUCAGCAGCCAAACAGCCCCAUGAAGCAUCCCCGACCCCCGACUUUCACCCCCGACUGGCCUCUUCGUAAAGCCGUUUGAACUCGUGUCCAUCCUCCGUUCGGAGACAUCUCUCUCCGUGCCCUUUUCACCAGGGGAGCAAAGCGCAGGGCCAGAGGUGUUGCCGACUGUACUCUUGAUAAAAAAGUACACUGUACAUGUAUACACGAUACUAGCCUGCUAAUGUUUGUAAGAGGACAAUCUAGAGAAGUCCUCCACCCGUUCUUCUGAGGCAUCCCCACCCUGCCCUGCCCACGGUUUUCCAUUUCCCUGCAUCACUCCUUCCCCUUCGUUUAGUUCCUCCUGUAGUGCAUGACCCAAGUACGGUGGGAUCAACCGGGGGGUGGAGGGGUUACACACACACACACACACACACACACACACACACACACACACACACACACACACCCCUGUCGCCACUUCUGCAGACAAGGCAUGAGGCUCACGCACGCGUAAUAACACACUCAGACACGGGCACAUCCACACACACGGAUGCAUGAUGAUCCUGAUGUAUGUGGGAAGCAGCAGUCCACUUCUUCUUUUGGGGGGAGGGGGGGGGGUUAUUUUCCCUGCCUGGGGGGUUGUUUUUAAAUGGUUGUUUUACUCCAACCUUUUAUUUUAUUUUGUACUCCGGGCAGAAAUGUUUGGGCUGUGCGAUGGAUGUGACGCGUAUCUGGUCCCGUGUGCUCGUGUAAUAUAAACAAAAACAACCGCGCGUACACACACAGUUUAUAUAUUACUUUUCCUUAUGUAUAAAAGUAUAUAUAGAUAUAUGUAUAUUAACUACAAUGGUUCCGAAAUCAUUUAUGGUGUGCUCAUAUCUGGCAGAGCAGCGGCAAUAUUUGCUGCUGCUUUAACUACAAUAGAGUCAAAGUAAAAAAGGUGGUGUUUUAUUUUAUUUUAUUUUAUUCUAUUUUUUUUGUAUUUUUUUUUCUUCUUCUUUUUCUUUUUCUUGCUGGGGUCGAUGUGAGACUCUAGCAGCCACUUCUCGUUCCUCCUGCAGGCUGAUUUAGGGCACCGCUCUACUACCUGUCCAGAUGCUCGCGCUUCUCCCCCCCCCCACGCGUCGUGACCACUGACUGAAGUGUUAGCCUAGCGUCCCCCCACCCCGCCCUGCCCCGCCCGCAGCACAUAGAGCCGCUCGGUACCGUCAUGUCGGAUCGUCUUUAUUUACAGAGAAUACUCACUACAUAAAGAGAAAAAAGAAAAAAAAAUGCAAAAAAAAAACAGACAAAAAAACAAAUUUGUAUGUACAGUAUAAAUGCUCCUCACCAAAAUUAUGACUUGUAUGUUAUUUUGUAUGUUAUGUUGAUUUAUUUUUCCAUGUUGUGUUCAAGGUAUGUAUAUACGCAGACCCAUGUACUGUUUAUGAGCAAAAACAAAGAAGAAAAGGGGGGAAAAAAUAGAAUCGGUGCAGAACUGAUGAUGUUUAUGGAUAUUGUAGAUGACGAUGAUCAGCUUUAUCCAGCCAUAUGUUCAAUCUUACCUGUACAGUACAGUAGAUGAAAGCUGUAUUAUUGUAACAAGAACUAGUCAUGUAUAGUGUAACUAUAGUUUGGAGUGCCUUUGCUUUCAUACACCUUCGCCUUGUCUCCGCCCCGGCCCCGCCCUCAUGUUGUGACUCUCCUUUUGGUGCUGUUGAAUGUCCUGCUACACAUACACACACACACACGCACACACUCUUCCCCCUCAUUUUACUCCUUUACAUUGCACAGUUAAGGUAAAAUACAGACAUUUUCAAAUCUAAGGAUUUUUUUGUUUUCCUUAACUGAAGAUACACUAGACGGCUGUUUUUAUUUUGAUGGAUGUUUUAUCUUACCACAGUCCCGCACAGACCCCAGGGUGGAUGUAAAGUGGGUGUUGUUGUGGGCAGCAACAGUGGUGGUUUAAAACAAAGAGAGAGAGAAAAAGAAAAAGAAAAAAAAAGCCUCAUAUACUGUAUAAACAGUAGUGUCUGUAUCACGAUGUUGGUUCUGGUACCAAAGCCAAACUAUGACGUAGUUGUGAUGAGCCAUCCUCAGAGGCAAUAACUCUCCUCCUCUCUGUGUGGAUGUGUUGUUGAGUCUGUGUCCCGUUGCCCCCCCGUCUCUCCUCCCGGCCCACAUCUUUCAGUAGCACCUAAGGGGUCGAGUCAUGUAGCCUUUCUUCCCGUCUCCUGCUCGCUGUAAUUUUGCAUUCAUGUACAUGUUGCUACCCCUUCACCAGAAGGUUUGACCACCUCACCCCCCCCUCCUCCGACUCCCAGUUCAAUAAAAACAGCAGAAUGGCUACCAAAAAAAAGGAAGAAAAGCAAGUAUAAAUACUAGUAUCAUAUAUCGAACUGGCAUAUAUACUAGUAGAAUGUGCUAAAUGGGUCUAACUGGGGUUAACGAAAGGAAAAAUUAAAGAAAAUAUUACAAAAAACAUCCUGUAUAACAGUACUACUACUACUUGAAUGCCUCCGUUUGUGACUGAAGCUUUUAUUUCAUUUGUUUGUUAGUUCAUUUUUGUUCUUUUUUUUCCCCUUUUGUUCUGUGAAGGUAUGCUAAAUGUGCGCCUCUGUAAAUAUUCCCUCUGCGUGCUCCGAGGAAUAGUUCCCUGGUACUGUAAUUUGCAUUAAAUAAAGAGUAGGAUAGCCUGGAAAUAAUCAAAA